CGAGCGAGCGAGCAAGCAAACAAACAAACGAACAAACAAAAACGAAAGAGGAAAGUGUGUGAAAAGGGUGAAAAGAGAAAAAUAGAAGGAAAAGGAGAAAAAAGACAGUUGACAGUUUACUGCGAGAUUGCACGAGUCGCGCAAGCAACGAAUUCGCGGCUACGUGAGAGUCAUUCGUCCAGUCUAGAUUCCGAAUCGAUUCCUCCGUACGUCUAACACGUUCGUGUCGCCGCUACACGGUGUACAGCCAACGAAUUAUGGGUUCGAUCGUUCUAAAGUCUCUCUCGGUUCUUCUUGGAAUAUUCUUCGUUUUCGUCGGUACUAUGAAGCUAACUUCUCACAUUAGUAAGGAUCUUCACAAGGAUUUGAGGAAAGAGUACGUGAAAUAUGCAAAGGUGUUCCCAUUGUCUGGUACACUGGAUUUCAAAGUACCAAGUAAAUGGUACAGACGAGUCGUCGGAUCGCUCGAGAUUAUUUGUGGACUUGCAAUGGCUAUAGUUCCAAGUCACAAGAUAAAAAACGCAUCAAACGCGGUAUUAUUGCUACUGAUGUUAAUGGCUGUGUACUCGCACUAUAUGGUCAACGACAAGUUUGAAAGGAUCGCUCCGGCAUUGGUAUUCUUUUUCAUGCUAACAGGCAGACUGGUGAUAGAUUGGCAACUGAGACGAGAGGACGCGCAACCGAUAACGGCGAAUGGCGUAGACGAUAAAACCAAGAAGCAAGAUUGAAUUCGAAAUUUCUAUUUACGUAUUUGCACGAUUAAGAUCAUCGUCCCUGACCGAUCGUCACGUCAGUUAUCGCCUAAUAGUCGCGUUAAAAAAUAACUUUCCAUAAUGACACGCGCGACUUUUGUCUUUUGUCUUUCGUUCGAUUUUCAAUCUCUUAUGAUUCAUUCUCCAUCCAUAUUCUCCAUCAUAUGCUUCAAUAUGCCCUGUUGUUUCGCAACAACCUGUUUCUUUCUUUGCGCAUGUUCAAAUUGACCUGAACUUCACUUGUCGGGAAACGUGUUCCGAAUUCUGAGAAUCUCGAAAAUUAUAAAUUUCUAUCGUGUCCACCACGUUUAACGUUAACCAAAAAUGUCGUUUUAAACGCAAAAAUGUCGACAAAGAACGAUACUAAGUACUAGCUCAAGCAUAAGAUGUAAUAUCAACUGCCAUUCGAAUCAAUGUGUUCUUCUUAAUGUCGUGUAGAAACGAUAGAGAAACGAUAAACGCCCUCGGACGAUAAACACUGAAACAACGUCGCAUUAUAACGCACACGCGUGCUUUCUUCGUAUCUGUAUUUUUACAUUUUUCUUUCUCGUCGAGAGAGGGAAAACACGUAUUCGAACCGCGUGAAACGAACCGAAUGAAAACAACGUACAAAUUGAAAAUUACAAAUCGUACAAAUAGUUGAAGCAAUAAUAACAAGCUUUGUAUCAUCCGUCAUUGAACCACCAAACCACCUGUUGUUGUAAGACCUAUAAUUCUUUUUCUAGUCGUAGACCAUCUGUUUAAGCAGAACGACAUGUGUAACAUUCGUCAAUCGUAUAUUUAUCUUCCAAGUAGUAUUUAUCUAUAUCGUACAAGUUCGUUCACGAUCAAUAACGAGAUCAAUAAUGACAAGUUGAGCCGAGUACAUCUGCGAGGUAUUGUAAUACAAAAAUAAAGAUAGCGAAGAAACACGUGGUAAGAAGGCAUAUUCGUGUGUAUGUACAGUGAUACUUUUGUUGCAACAUUAAAACGCUAUUAAUCGCGCGAAAUUACGAAGAAACCAUUCGAGAAUCUUGCACACCCACCUGUCCGCACACGUUGUAAAAAAAACUAAAUGAUUCAACCAACGUUCUAAAACGACUAAAAUAGAAAAAAGAAAAAAUUUCAUCGUCUCGGUCCGAAUUACUCGUCCGAAUUAGAAUCCACUUCAGACUAUUAUUUCUUCUUUUUUUCUUUUUCAAUGUGAAAAUCUUCUUUAUUAAUUAAUGUACGAUAACUUGUUCGCUCGUAUAAAAUUCAACAAUGUGCGUGUACACGCGCGCACGUAUCCAUGCAUACAUGGCAUGCAUAUAUAUAUAUAUAUACACAUACACGUACGUAUGUAUACAUGCAUAUGUAUAUUUCGAAAUUACUACAUCAAUCAUUACGGUAAUAACAAUAUAAUAACGUUAAUUUUAGACAUCUCUAUAAAGCAAAUUUAUAAUUCAAAAAUAUCUUUAAUUUCGCGUGGCUGUAAUAAUGUAACAAUCCAAAUAAAUAACUUGUUAUUUUUACUUUCGCAUCAAUUAAUUUUAAAA